AUGGCGUUGUCAGUCUUAUCAGUCAAAUCUACAUGUGCUACCUGUGGCGAUAAAAGUGUUGGUAUUUUUAAAUGUGAAGGAUGUUCACAAAAAUUUUGUCGAAAACAUUCGAAUGAACAUCGAAAUUUUCUAACUCAUCAAUUGGAUAAUAUCGUUAUUGAACAUGAUAUUUUACAGCAUACAAUAAAUGAGCAAAAAAAUAAACAAACUGAUCGUGAUUUAAUUGAACAGAUUAAUCAAUGGGAAAGAGAAUCGAUUUUAAAAAUUCAACAAGCAGCAUAUGAAGCACGUCAGCAGUUACAAAGAUUGAUUUCAAAUCAGACAAAUAUAAUAUCGUCAGACUUACAUGAUCUUGCUGAACGACUACGAAAAGCUCGUGAAGAUGAUGAUUUUGUCGAAGUUGAUCUUCAAGAAUGGACAACCAAAUUACAAGAACUAAAACUUACUACUCCUGAUAUUCACCGUACAGUUAUUAUUGAUCAAGAUCCAUCUACAAUACUUAUUACAAAAAUAAAUAUUACAACAAUAGAUCGAAAACCUAAAAUGAAUUAUGAAACACUUAUGGGUGUUUCCGGUAAUGUUCAAAUUCAAGAUAAUGGUCGUAGAGCGUUUCAACCGGAUAAUACAAAUACUUCAUAUGUUCGUGGUAGUAAAACAUAUUCAAAUGGUCAACAUAAAAUACGAUUUACUCUAAAUAAAAUACAAUUGAGUUCUCUAUCUAUUUUUGGAAUUAUUUCAAAAAUAGAAACACUCUUAAUGUGGCAAUCAUCAUGCUACGGAUGGGCUAAUGAUGAUACUUGUUAUCAUGCUGGAGUUGGUUCUUCUAAAUAUAUAACUACAAAGAAUGACUUCCAUGGCAAGAAUUUUUCCACUAUUGAACUUGUAUUGGAUUGUGAUAAUCGAAUGAUUCAAUAUUAUAAUGAACAAACUAAAAAUACGCGAAAGUUAAAUAUUAAUCUCGAAAUAUGUCCAUUUCCAUGGCAAAUAUUUUUCUAUUUUCAUUCUACUGGCGAUUGUGUACAACUUUUAUAA